GAGACAGAGAGACAGAGCAGAGGACAGGAGAGGAGAGGAGAGCCAGCACCGUGGAUCUGACAGGACAUGGCUUUAGCGCUGCCCCGGGACUAAACCAGGGCUAGUCUGGCUCUGUUCUGGAAUUGUUUUGGACUUCUUUUGAACUUGUUUUGGACUUGUUUUGGCGUUGUUUGAUCCGGAGUAGACAGAGGGACCAUGGAGAGGAGCGUCCCGGCUCGACUAGCUCUCUUCGCUCUGUUGCUGCACGGGACGCGGUGCUGGGCGGCCAAGGAGCCGCAGUGCCAGGAGAUCACAGUGCCACUGUGUAAGGGCAUCGGGUACAACUACACGUACAUGCCCAACCCGUUCAAGCACGACUCCCAGGACGAGGCGGGACUGGAGGUGCAUCAGUUCUGGCCGCUGGUGGAGAUCCGCUGCUCCGCGGACCUGCGCUUCUUCCUGUGCAGCAUGUACACUCCGAUCUGUCUGGAGGACUACAAGAAGCCGCUGCCGCCGUGCCGUAGCGUGUGCGAGCGCGCGCGUGCGGGUUGCGCGCCGCUCAUGCGUCAGUACGGAUUCCCGUGGCCGGACCGUAUGCGCUGCGAGCUGCUCCCGGAGCAGGGCGACCAGGACACGCUGUGUAUGGACUACAACCGCAGCGCGAGCACCACCGCGCCGCCGCGCCUCGUGCCCAAACCCACCAACCGCGCGGUCAAGCCGCACGCGCCCAAGAAGAAGCCCUACAACCGCGUGCCCGGAAAACACAAACCGGCAGCAUGUGAGUCCGGCUGCUUCUGCCGCGAGCCCAUGGUCCCUCUGCGCGCGGAUCACCCUCUGCUGCAGCGCGUGCACACUGGACAGGUGCCCAACUGUGCGUUCCCGUGCCACAGCCCGUACCUGAGCCAGGAGGAGCGCGCCUUCACCACCUUCUGGAUCGGACUGUGGUCCGUGCUGUGCUUUGCGUGUACACUGGUGACCGUGGCCACGUUCCUCAUAGACAUGGAGCGGUUCCAGUACCCGGAGCGGCCCAUCGUCUUUAUGUCUGCGUGCUACCUGUGCGUGUCCCUGGGCUACCUCGUGCGUCUGGCCGCAGGGCACGAGGAGGUGGCGUGUGACCGGGACGGCGGCGUGGAGACCAUCCGGUACGAGUCCACGGGCCCCGCGCUGUGCACGCUGGUCUUCUUGCUCAUCUACUUCUUCGGCAUGGCCAGCUCCAUCUGGUGGGUCAUCCUGUCGCUCACGUGGUUCCUCGCGGCGGCGCUCAAAUGGGGCAACGAGGCCAUUGCGGGGCACGCGCAGUACUUCCACCUGGCCGCGUGGCUCGUGCCCAGCGUCAAGUCCAUCGCCGUGCUCGCGCUCAGCGCCGUGGACGGGGACCCAGUGGCGGGCGUGUGCUCCGUGGGGAAUCAGAACCUGGACAACCUGCGCGGAUUCGUGCUCGCACCGCUCGUGCUCUACCUGUUCCUCGGGACGAUGUUUCUGCUCGCGGGCUUCGUGUCGUUGUUCCGGAUCCGCAGCGUCAUCAAACAAGGUGGAACCAAGACGGACAAACUGGAGCGGCUGAUGAUCCGCAUCGGCGUCUUCACGGUGCUCUAUACGGUUCCCGCCACUGUCAUUGUCGCGUGUUACUUCUACGAGCAGCACAACAGGAGCGCGUGGGAGAUUACGCACACUUGCACGUGCGCCCAGGACGCGGGGCGCAUACGGCCGGACUACGCCGUGUUCAUGUUGAAGUAUUUCAUGUGCCUCCUCGCGGGCAUCAGCUCCGGGGCUUGGGUCUGGUCCGGGAAGACCCUGGACUCGUGGAGGACUUUGUGCACGCGCUGCUGCUGGGGGAGCAAGGCCACGAGCGGCUCUAUGUAUAGUGACGUCAGCACGGGGCUUACGUGGAGGUCCGGCACCGCGAGCUCAGUGUCGUACCCCAAACAGAUGCCGCUGUCCCGGGUCUGAGGACCGGUAAGGACGGGUACCGGGACUUCUUAUUUAUUUACAUGGUGCGUAACUGUGCGUAAACCCAGCGCCGUGUUUGGACUCUCAUUUUGCUUAGACCACCUCAGAACAACUUCAGUCCACACAAACUGACUCAGGACAGGCUUUGGUUUUAUAUUGUGCCUUACAGUGUGUUGGAACAGUGUUUUACACUGGUUCCUUAUAAUGGAACAGUGCUCAUCAUGUGCGUAAAAGUGUGCGUAAAAGUUAAAGGUUUACCGUUUUUUACGGCUCCUACCUCAUGUUACUUUGAGACAGUGCAUUCCUUUCAUCAUAAUUGUGACAGUCACAGUGCUACACGUCUGACUACACGCCUCCUGCUGUAGGAUGCUGUGGUUUAAAUGGACCAUCACGUCUUUGUCCAAACCUCCUUGUUUUCGUUGAGUAGGGUCUUUUUGACAGUUAGGCCUGACGCUGUGACGCACCUGCUUUACGCUCUCACGCUCUGACCUCAGCUCCGCUCUGCAUUAUUUCAUUGUCUUUGUCUUGUGUUGAUUGUGAUGAAAAGCGCGCUGGGGGGACAGGAGAAGGAGGGGGAGGAGGAGGAGCGCAUUGUCUGUCAGCGUGCAGUCAUUAGCGCUAACGAGUCACUAAUGGCUUUACUUAAAAAAAAAAAUGUAAGUCCCUGUGUUCUGUAAAAUUUUAAAUUACGUUUUAUUCCAUGUACGGUUUAUUGUCACAAUUAGUGAAACGAAAAAAUAAAUAAAUAAUCCGAGUCCUGUCUCAAACAGAACCGCUCAAACUGCCUUAUCCAACGUGCGUAAUGCGUGCGUAAAAAUGUAUUUAUACUGUAUUUGUGUACA